GCCCACACCAGGGCAAGAGAACCGCGGUCACGACGUACUGUAGUCUUCUAGGAUCCUUUAACUAUUCAUUAGACGCAACAUGUAGCUCCGCGCAUGCGUGUUUCCAUCGGACCAUGGCGCUUUGAGAGACCGAUGAUGCGAGUGAGAUGCAAGCUCUUCCCAGCAUCGCUGCACCGGACUGUUAGAUAUGUCUGAACAAAGUAUAAAUAUUAGUAGAACAUCACAUAAACUGUCCAAAUCUGACUACACAUGGGAAUAUGAGUACUAUGAAUAUGCUCCUGUGUCUUUUGAAGGAUUAAAAGCGCAUAAGUAUUCUAUUGUGAUUGGAUUCUGGGUUGGCCUGGCUGUGUUUGUUGUUUUUAUGUUUUUUGUUUUGACUUUGUUGACCAAGACAGGAGCUCCUCACCAAGAAACGGUGGAGCCUUCUGAAAAGAGAUUCCAGAUGAACAGUUUUGCAGCAGACUUUGGUAGACCACUAGAAGCGGAUAGAAUUUUUUCCCGUCAAGGAAUAGAAGAAUCUCGGUCGCUCUUUCAUUGCUACAUAAAUGAAGUUGAUCAGUUAGACAAGACAAAGUUGACAAAUAGAACAAUGGACAAUGGUAUUCUCAUUCAUCAAACUGUUAGAAAUUGCAAAAUUGAGGAGGGUCUUGCAAAAUUCGACAUACCAAACUUCGUGAGUACAGACCAGAAUUCCUCUUCAGCUGAUGAGGAUCUUUUACUUUAUGACCCACCAAUCAUUUUAGAAAAUAAACCAGCCUGCUCCAACAACCAUCACUUCAUCAACUGAUCAAACAUACCUUUUCAUUUUUAGAGUAUGCUAUAUGUAACAGCUAUGCAUUUGAAAGGCAACUAUAUAUAUAAUACUGCAUUAUUGCUUUAAUGUAAUCAUGAAAAAAUGAAGUCCUAAAGGGAAAUAUUGUUAAAAAUAAAUGCACUAUUUAUACAUUUGCUCUAAUAUUUGACUUGAGUUCUCAUUUUGGCACCGUGGCAUGCAACUACCCAGGAUUCCUUCUCUUGACAAAAAAUAUAGCUCAUCGACAUCUCACUAACAUUCUACAAAUUUUAGAAGUUUUCUGUGUAUACAUUUAGGCAGAAUUGGAGAUCAUUUCUUGUAUCAUCUAAGAUCAC